AAUUUCAAACAGAAUCAUAAUCACACAGAAGAUCAUUAGACACAAAACGCGUCGUCGUCGCGAUAGAGACGAAGAAGGAGAAGAACUGCAAAUCCUCUCGUCAAAGUAGAUCCGGAUCAUCUCUAUAUCCUCCCGACGACGGAAUCAUCCAACUCCGGAAUGGCGUCGAGGAGAAACGUAAGGUACGCUCAGCUUCCAGGGGAGGAAGACGAUGAUGAUUACACAAACGGUGGUGGAAGGAGAGAUUUCGAUCCUCGCUUCGAUUAUACGCCGAAAGCAUUUGAUAGAGUACCGUGGAAGUCUAUAGCGUUAGCUUUGUUUCUUCUCUUCCUCGGUUGCUUGCUUCUCCUUUUGACGGUUUUCAUAUUCACUGGUCACAUGGAAGGAGAUAGCUCUCAGGGUUACGCGCUUCUUGUUCUUGGCAUCCUUACUUUCCUCCCUGGGUUCUAUGAGACUCGGAUUGCUUACUAUUCGUGGAGAGGAGCCGAAGGGUACCGUUUCGCAGCCAUUCCCUCCUACUGAAUUCAUUUAGCUGGAGACGUUACACCACUAUCUGUGCAUAAACUUUUUUUUUUCUUUCAAAGGAAGAGUCUUAUUGGAGAUAUGUAAUAUACAAACAAUAGACUUGAUGAGAUGUUUCAUGAAUCACUCCAAAAGGCUUGGAUUAUUAUAGAUAGGGAUACUACAUAGACUGUUAUGCUCUAUUCAUCUAACAUGUGAAUCUUAUUGAACCUCGUUUUUGUCAAUAUUUUGUAUGCGUUUUU